CUGCAAUGCGCUCGCGACGCAACAUUCUAACCUCUAUUCACAACAUCUACCAUGCUAUAGUGAUCGUGGUAGACUACUUUGUAUAUACACAAAUGCGACACCGACCUUCUCUGUCCGUACCUCAUGCCCCGAGGUCCUGUUCCAGCAGUGUCCAGUCUUUGUGGCCAUGACUUGCAGACUGUAUCAUUCCUUGCUCCCCGACUCACUUUGGGACGUCCAUCGACUCCCAGAUCUUCCAUACGACGCAACAUCGAUAAUUGUCAACACGAAAAUGGUCCAAUCCAGCCGCACCACCAGUCACAGCGGAAUGCAGCUGCUUCAAGCUUCAUUAAUAUUUCCACAUUCAUGCGCAGAACAUUCUGUCGUUCUCUGACAAAUGCUCCCGCGAGACGAUACACACAUUCUGAUGUUUCUUCGAAGAUCAGACGUACGUUCACUGGAGUAUCGCCUAUAGGCAAUCAGAAGGCGACUGUGAUGAAACGACGAGCUACUUUUGAAGAGGGGCUCAGGCCCGGACAAUCACGAACUUCGAUUCCAUUCCUCUCGGAUAGGCAACGCUUGUGGCGUGAAUGCAUUGAAAUACUUUCGAAAGGAGGAACGACCGAAGAGCUGCGUCUCAAAUACAAUCUCAAGGACGGUUACAGCUGGAGAUGGACUAAAGGAUAUGGGGCCUUGAAUUCGAUCUGGGAUCCUUGGCCCCUGGACCGCCCAUUCGUAACUUCUCCCGAAUUCCACCCCAAGGUUAAGCAGUGGGUGCAGCUUCUGUGGGAAGGCGAGCCAGACCGUGAAACUUUUGCUGGGAGAUGGCAUACUUUGGUUGUAAAUUGGAAAGCAGCUAACGGCUAUAGCAAUGCGGAAGUUGUCGAGCUCCUUUUGUGGCUGCUCUAUGAUGACAUUCCGCGAGCAAUGCAAUUGCUCGAAAUGUGGACCGCAAGCAAUUCUAGAGCUCCCGCUCAUGUCAUUGCGGAUGCCAUUUGGUACAUCGCAAGAGUCGAAAGAGCUCGCCAAGUACAAGGCCAUGCUCAUGAUGAGAGAUUCAUUCCGACGUUCUGGACACUAUGGAAACAAUGUCAACUUCUGCCUUAUCGCAUGCAUCCCAACCUAUUAUUUCUUCUAGACUUAUUGUCAUCUGAGGAACAAGCUCAGAAACUUUAUGAUGGGCCGGAUUCCAAAUAUAUCCCUCAGUAUCCCAAUAUGCAACUCAGGCUGGCGAAAGAACAUGCGCUUCUCGGUCAUGUUCCACAAUGUAUGGGUGCCCUGAAAAGGGCGUUUGACGCAGGUUUGGACAAACGAAACCCCUGGAUUCUUCAAUCCUGUUCGUUUGUAGUCAAACAUCUUCCUCUGUCGUUGGAGGAUCGAUACGAGUCCAUUUCUGAAAUUGUGGCUUUGCUCGAACAGUACGAGCUGAAGCACAAUAUAAUGUAUUAUAAUAACAUCAUGCUGCAGGCCAUCCGGGCUGCAGAGAAAGCUCGAGGCCCUUUCGAAAGGUAUCAGCAGAGCACUAAUAUCCCCGAUGGUCUUGCAACGGCAUUGGAAACUUUCAACAUGAUUAGGGACCACGGCAUCGAACCAGAUGAUUGCACGUAUGGCAUUGUUCUCAGAGGGUGCAACCUGUCCGAUCGCAAGGAUCUUCACGACGGCAUAGUACAAGUCUGUGCGAAAGAGGCUCGAAAGUCGGGUAACGUGCAGACUGCUAUCGAGUACUUUCACUACCUUUUUCGAUAUCACAGGAUCUGGAAAACUCCCGGGAUUUUCAAAGUCCUGGUGGAAGAAUAUCGUAAAUUCUUCCACUUGUCCCCACUUAAAACUCUCGGCUUCAUCGGCGACAAAGAAUAUGAGAACACGCAGGACCAACAAGCGCCCAAACCUGUCAUCUUGAUAAUGCUUCUUGCGCGCCUUGGUGAGACCGCAAAUGACCCAUCUGCUGAAAAAUGGCUUUACAGUCGCUACCUCGACUUCCGCGCCGCCAUCACCACUGCAAACCAGGAUCUUGCCCCCCUGAUCGAAACACCACACGCACACAACGCGUACAUGCAUGCCUGGUGCCGCCACCCAGGCCUCCUCAAACAAGCCCCAUCCAUCAUCCAAGACAUGUCUGCCGAGAUCCCGUCUGCCAACCUAUACAUAAAAAGCCUAGGCCGCCACUUGCGCCCUGCAAAAGCAGACAUCGUCAGCUGGAACAUACUCAUCAACGGCUUUAUGCAACACGGCCAGCCCGCCGUUGCAGAGAAACUGAGAGAGAUGAUCAAGGACCGUGGCUUGGAGCCUACGGCCGUGACCUGGAGCACGCUUGCGACAGGCUACGCGGCGCUGCAAAACGCAGAGGCCGCGGCGCACAUGCUUCGGCUGGGCGAGGCCGAUGACAAGUUGGACAAUGAGCAUAUGUCGUUUGCGCUGUGGCUUGUCAUGAAGAAAAUUCGUGAUCGUCCGGCGCUUAUGAAAGCGUUGGACAAUACUGCGACCCAGAAGCCGAGACCUGUCCUAGAUAUGAGCAGCGUGCAGAUAUCGGUGCCUUCUGAAUGUGUGGAAGGAGACAAGAACCUAGGUGACGAAAAACCAAGUGAUCAGCGACCAAGUGACAAAAAUCUAGAUGACGAGGGAUAUCAUGUUGAAGACUUCGCUGAGGUUGCCGGGACUUACUUUAACAGGCAUGAUAGCUUGUCGACAGGUGAACAUCAGGAAGCGUUUGAGUCGGACGUGUCAGUGCCGAGAUCAUUUGAUAGUGUAUAAUAGUAUAUGUGUACAGCGGACAUAGACACACUUUUGUCAAAUAUGAAUCA